AUGCUCCCCCGCGUGUUAUUGUGUGGUCGGUUUCUAGGUGAGAUUGAGUAUGUCAAGGACGAGGUCAAGGAGAUAUUUCAUGGGAUCGCCGAAAUCGUACAUCUAGUCUCAGAAUCUCGUUCUCAUUUCCUCUCCUCAUUUGGGCCUGAUGGGCCGUAUGAAGGGACUGUCGCCUUGUAUAGGCGCAACACAUCUUCUGAAGUCAUAGGAAAAUUUGACGCACCAUUAAUCCACGCUCUAGCCGAUAUCAGCAUGGUCCGUUGGAUCGCCCAGAGUGGCGGUGGUUACGAUGAAAUCGAUGUGCAAGCCUGCAAAGAACGAGGAAUAAUGGUGUCGAAUACUCCAGGAGCGAACGAGGAUGCUACUGCCACCGCUACUUUAUACCUGAUGCUAUCGUGCCUGCGGCACUUCUCGAUGGCAGAACGUUCCCUUCGCUCUGGUACAUGGAAGACACCCUAUAAUGCGGCACAAACUCAUGACGUUACCGGGCGUACGCUUGGUAUCUUGGGCUUAGGUGGCAUCGGUCUGAGAUUCGCUCACCUUGCGCGUGCCUUUCCAAUGCGCAUCAUAUACUUCUCACGAAAGAAGGCAGAGUCUGCACCAAACUGGUGCGAAUAUGUCUCAAGCGCUGACAUACUGAGCCUACAUGUCCCUCUCAACCAAUCCACAACUGGACCCUGCAACGGGGGUAGUGUUCUUCUCAACACGUCACGAGGACGAAUAGUGGACCAAGAGGCGAUAAUACGAGCACUGGAGGACGGUCAUCUUUCAUCAGUCGGCUUGGAUGUAUACCCCGAUGAACCGCGCGUAGAUCCGCGUUUAUUGACCUUCCCACGAUGUACACUUCUGCCGCAUGUUGGGGGAGAGUCAGCAGAGUCAUGGAGGACAAGAGAACUGCAAGCAUUGGGAAACUUGAAAGCUUUUGUACUAGGUGGUGUUGGGGAAGAUAUUGUCCCUGAGCUGAAGACGGAAAUCGGCAACUCGACUACCAUAUAAUCGCUAGCAGCAGGCUGAACAAGAUUGUCACUUAGACGGAGCAAUUGCUUUGAUGAUAGAAUGUGGCUCGUAUAAUGGAGGAGAAGACCGAUCA